UGGAAGAAUAGGUGGCUGGUGCUGCGCAAACCCUCCCCGGUAGCAGAUUGCUUAGUCAUGUUGGUGUACAAGGAUAAAUCGGAGCGAGCCAAAGGACAUAAGGAGAGGAGCAGUGUGACCUUAGAAGAUAUCUGUGGUCUGGAUCCUGGGCUCUCCUAUGAGGGCUUAAAUCACACACUCGCUAUCAUCUGUCUAUCUCAAGUCGUGAUGCUGGGAUUUGACAACAAGGAAACAAUGUAUGCAUGGGAUGUACGGAUUCGCUACAGUUUAGGGGAAGUUCACCGGUUUCAUGUUGCUGUAGCACCUGGCACAAAGCUGGAGAGUGGACCGGCUACUCUUCACCUCUGCAAUGACAUUCUAGUCCUCGUAAAAGAUCUCCCACCCACCAUAAUGGGGCAAUGGAAGCUCUCGGAUCUGCGUCGAUAUGGAGCGGUCCCGAAUGGAUUCAUUUUUGAAGGGGGUACUAGGUGUGGCUUCUGGGCUGGUGUUUUUUUCCUUUCUUGUGCCGAAGGAGAGCAGAUCAGCUUUCUGUUCGACUGUAUCGUUCGUGGCAUUUCCCCGACGAAAGGCCCUUUUGGGUUGCGUCCAGUCCUACCAGACCCAAGCACAAAUCCAGCCUACAUGGAGGAGAGAGUGACCCAUGAAGCUUUGCAAUUAGAAAAGCGUCUGAGCCUACUAUCCCAAUCAAGUCACCCAGGUAGUGGAGGAGAUGAUAGAAGCCUAUCAAGUUCAUCUUCAGAUACCAGCCACUCGGACGCUAGUGUUGGGAGUAGGUUAACAAUUUGGCCUGAACAGUCUUCGGCCAGUACGUCUCAAGAGAGUCAUGGACUGGCAGCUGCAAAGGGCAUUCAUUUUGGGGAAGAAAAACCACUUGGAGAAGGGGCACGUGGCACCACCAAGCCACCUCCUAAGCCUCUUCGGUCUAGACAGCUACAGGAAAUAGGUCGUCAGAGUUCUUCUGACAGUGGGAUAGCUACUGGUAGUCACUCUUCUUACUCUGGAAGUUUCUCUUCCUAUGCUGAGAGUCUGGAUAUUGGCCACGGUGAUGAGUUUGGAUCGUUGCUUAGCCUGCCAUUGACCCUUCCUUCAGAUCAGAAUUUAUGUACUUGCUUGCACAGUGAGCUCCAGAGGGGCUUGGGCUCAGAAUAUCAGGUUCCUAGCCCUGUCAGGCAUGUUUAUGACAUACCCAGGAGUUUAUUACAAGCAGCUGCUAUAGACCUGCAUCCCAAGAGUGUGGAUUCAACCCAACCAAAGGACCAGGACCCAGCACCUCAAGGUGUUAGUGACCCUAAGGUACUGGUACCACACUCGGAAACAUGGAUGGCCCCCGAGCAGAGCCAAGACAGGGGGAGGCAUGCAUCCUUACUCCCAGAAAGCACCAAAGACUCAAGUGAUGAGACAUAUGUGGAUUUUGUUUCGAGGUGGUCAGAUGCAAAACCACAAGGACAGGUGUUAGACUCCAAAAGUAGUGAGUUGGCACCACCUAGUGGAAUCCCAGCUGACCCCUGUGAAAUAUAUAGCCCCCACCCUGGGAUGACAAGAGCUCUCUUUUCAGCUUGUCCAAUCUGUGGUGGACUAAAGGGAACAGCAGUUUUACAGUCUGGAGUGUUACCAGUUCUCCCAGGUGCUUCUUCUGUCAUGGCAGCUUCUGGAUCUCUGAAAGUACAGAAAGGACACUCUCUGCAAGCUGGUCCUAAAGGUGGUUUUGGGUUGAUGGCACCGCCAGCUGAACUUGGAACUUCUACUGGCCCAGAAGAACCUGGAGGAGCAGUAGGCUAUUCAACAGAUCUACCUGUAGCUGAUCGACCCCACAGCGAGACAACAACCUAUGUUAAUAUUCCUGUCAGUCCUACAUCAAAGAAGCAGCUCCACUACAUGGAAUUAGAGCUUCAAGAACCUAGCACAGGCAUAAGAGGGGGUGAAUCAACCAGAUAUGCACAGAUUGACAUUGCAGCCACAGAGACAGCUCACAAAGUGGGCACUCAGCAUGCUCAAUGCCGAGAGGAUCGCUUGCAGGAAUUGGAACAGAAGAAGAAGGGAGCCCAGGAAUGAUCUGCCUGGAAAAGAACUUUUUGCGCACUCUAACUUGGUACUAAUUUAAAUUUCAAAUGAUUCACAUAUUUAGUAUUUAAAAUACACUUGUAUAAAAGCUGCCUUUCUUGAUCAUAUUUAUACCAGACUCAUUCCAACAUUCUAAUUCCUAAUUGGAAAACUGGUAGCAUGGUGUUGUUUUAAGCUUUGUAACGUCCAGAAGUGCUCUUCCUUUUCCACAUACAGUAUAUGUAAGUUACUGUUUUCUUUUUCUAUAAAUCCUGGAAGAACCUGGUGCCAAAUCUCAAUGAUUACUGAUCAGAGGCAUUGUAUUUAAAGAAUUCUUAAUUUGUGCAAAUAAGCGUGUGUGUUUAUGGGUAUUAUAUAUGUACAUAAAAACCACAAAAACAUAUUCAGAUACUAUUGAAGAUCUUACUUAAAUACAAAAGAAAAAAAUUCAGUGUUUUAAAAACCAUAUUCUACUGCUAUAAUUUUGUCCAAAUACAGGCUCACUUAUGUACUUGCCUAAUUUUACAUAGCUGUGUAGUUCUGUUAAAUUAACUCCUGUGCAUCAAUUAACUGUUUGCAUUGUCAGGGCCAUAUUUAUGACUGCGUAGUUGUGCCUGCAGAUCAGAGAACCAAGGCCAACAUUUCCAAAGUUUCAGCUUUAUUUUCAGAGGCAUUGAGGACCUGAAUGACUUUUCCAAUGACUUUGAUUAGAGUUGUGGGUGCUUAGCAUCUUAAAAAGUUGGCUUCUAGUUUCUCGAGUUGAGCCAUCCAAAAAUCAAGGUACCCCAAAUUAAUAAUCACUUUUGAAAAAGCGGAUCUGCAUUUGUAUCUUCAAAACAGUGUAAAAAAUGGAAGCCAAAAUCAGUCCAUCAGAGUUAACACUAAAACUGCCAUUUACUCAUUCCAUGCUAUGCCUAAAGAUUGCAGAACCAGUGCUAUGUAAGAGCCCACUGUCUUCUGAGACCCUGCAUUGCAUAGGCACAAGGACCUAUACUGUACUUUCCUGCAUCAAUUUGUAAGUCCACAUAACUUUUUGUAUUUUGUGGUUUUGUCCCUAAGACAAAAUGCAAUUAAAAAGAAAAAAAAAGUCUAUUCCAGUUAUUCUACAGUUACAAACCAGUGUUAUUUCAGUUUUGAGCUUUUAAGGAUUAUCAGAAGCAAGUUAAUCCAACAAAUACUUUUAGUAUUGAAAAUAAUUUGACUAUAUCAUUUUAAGCCAGAAUUUUAAGAAUAAGUGCUGCUUGUAGAUCCAGGCAGUAACUAACAUAAUGAAUGAAAUUUUCAGAUUGAAAUGAAUUUUACCCACUGGUUUCAAUCCCUUGUGUCUAUUUGAAGGCAGAAUUUGGUCUGUAUGGUUAUUUGAAUGUAGUCUUAAGAGCAUUUCUUUAUUUUUUUAAAUUGAACAAUUAGCAUUAAAAAUACACCAGCCCUCUUAAGUAAAAACAUAUGCAUAGGAGAGCUGACAGUAACUAUCAUCUUUUAUUUAGAGUGAUAGAAUCAAAUGGCUGGAUAUAUAUAUUUAUACCAGUAUGCUAGUUACUAUAGUAUCUCUUUAGGGACAAUGAAGAGUCCAGUGGCAUCUCAAAGAUUAACAGAUUUAUUUGGGCAUAAGCUUUUGUGGGUAAAAACCACUUUGUCAGAUACAUACUUUAGGGAUUUUUUUGGCAAAAUGGACAGGUGUCAUUUAUUUUGUAAACCUAUAUUGAAAAGAACUAUGAUAUCCUGGAUACUUAUUGCUUUUUGGGACCUGUUUCAGUUAUGACCCAAUCCUAUAAACACUGCAUGCAUAGGACUGUCAGUGGACUUGAUCAGAGUUUUCUAUAGAGAGGGCUUGCAGGAUUGAGCCCUUUGUUAUGUAAAUAUUUGUAUGUUAUGUUUAAAAUGCAUAUUAUUUACGUGAUUUACUUAAAUGUUUUCUUAUAUUUUACUGCAGCACUUGGUAGUUAGUCAUUCUUUUAGGGAAAGGUGGCUUUUUGACACAGAGCUGGUAUUAAAUACUUGUAAUAAUUACUAGUGUCAUGAAGGCCCAUGUUUGGACUUAAGAAGAUUGUAUUUCCCUGUUUUAAUACGAUAGUAGCAGUCAUGGCAAUGUGGAGCUUCUGUCAUGAUAUACAAAGCUGGUUUUUACACAUUGCAACAUUACCUUCAUAUGUGGGAAUGCUGUGUGACAACAGCACAAGGCAAUGCUAUCAUGUACUGCUUCAAAGUCAUCUCUUAAGCCCUGAUUCUGCACUGGGAUCUGCUAGUGCAGAAUGCUGCAUUCACACCAGUUUUGCAUUAGUGAAUCCUGAUGCAGGAUUGGGAUUGUAAUCAUUGCACUAUCACGACUCAGCAGGAGGCUUUCUGCAGCAGACAAUUUGAAAGGGAAGUAAGGAAAUAUCGCUAUGCUUAGGACACAAUUCAUCACUCUCAUUUUGGCUAUACUGACCCAGCCAGGGAUGAAUGACUCUCAUCACCAGAAAAAUUUAAAAAACAACAAUGAUUUUGUAGCACCUUAGAGACUAACAGAAAAUAUAUAUAAAUAGUAUCAUGAGCUUUUAAUCUCCUUAUUGAGGAUUCCAAUAGCACCCUAUAGGGCUGCAUGAAAACUGAAAUACAUUUUAAACAUUUUAUUUACCUUUCAAUAUUAAUGCUCUGUUUCCUUUUAGCCUUUCACAUAGCUUGGACAAGUGAAAAUAGGUAGUCUCCUUUCAUUUUGUAUAUAUCCUAUCUGAUUUUGGUGUGAUAAUCUCAUUCAUGAACAUAAUGGUGUACAGUUUGGCAUGGGGGUGCAUACAGGGCAGUAUGUUUCAGUAAACAUACCGAAAAGAAAAAUCUGUUCCUUCUCGAAUAUACAUAAAUCACAGAAACAUUUCUAUUGACCCUUCUUUUGCUAAAAGUUUGUUUUUAACCAAACAUAUUUUGGGCUGAAAUUUGACCUGUCUGUUGUCCCUUUAAUAUGUUUAUAUGGACUUUCCUGUAUUGAGGAAUUUUGUAUUGGAAUGAGCAGUCACUGUUCAGAUUUCAGUGUCUUGGCUAUGUUCAAGAAGUGGGAGGGGGGGGUUGUUAUUACACAAUCUUGCUUUAAGAAGUGAAGGUUUCCUGAGCUACUGCAUUAGAGCAUACAAACAUGGGAAGCAUCUACCUUUUUAGACAUCUUUAAUGCUAGGUCUCGCUCUCUCUGUCUGUCUCUCUCACACACACCCCUUAACCGAAAGAGGGGAAAAGAGAAGAGAGAAAUCAAGACUGACAUUUGUGAUUAAAUUCAGAGCUGUGGCCAAAAUACUAAAAACUAAUAAAACCCCUUUUAGAUGCAUUUGGCAUAAUAUUUUGUCCUGAGAGAAAUUUUGGCCCUGAUACAUACAUACUCCUACUUUCCAGGGAGCAAAACAACACUAUUUCAGCUGAUCCUUGAAAGCUAAUGUUACAAUCGUUACAAUCGCUCCUAUAACAACACAUGUCCAAAGAGGAAAUGUCUGGAGCAGAUUAAGUAGUCUAGCCAAUAUUUGAUCCAUCUCUAGUAUAGGAAUUUAUCACACAAAGUUGUGUGUACUAUCUGUAAUAUCGCUGUAAUAUUGCUUUGAUUUUGAUAGGUUUGAUAGGUUUGAAUGUAUCCUACCUGUGUAUCCUACCUGUGUAAAACUAACUACUUCAGUGGAUUUUACAGCAUUGUUUUAAAGCAGGUAUGUGGCAUUCUUUUGUUGUAUCUGACCCCUCAGGUGAGCGAAGGAAUUUCGUUAAGCUAGCCCCAGGGCCAUACACUAUGGUUUAAGAUUUGUAAAGUUAUUUAGGUGCCUUAAAAUGCUAAUGGACACCUACUUGACUUUUCUAAUGAAUGUAGGUACCUAACUUGCUUAGAUGGGUUUGAAAACGCCACUAGUGUCUAUCUGCAUCUUUAGGCACCUAAAUACCUUUGACAGUCUGGACCUGGGAGUCUUCCUCAGCAAAUAGCUUAGACAAGUGCUUAUAUUUUUUCUCUGUAAGGCUUAAUUAAUAUAGUUUGAUGGUCUGUACUUUUGUUGAAUUAUCCUUGAUUUAGCUUGUUCUGUCAGGCCAUGAAACGCAUACAAUACAGGAAAAUAAGAAGUUUAUUGGUCCAUGGAAGUCCUCUUUACCCUUCAUUUAAAUGUCCAUAGCAGGAGAUGAAUUCCAGCUAACACCAUAAUCUUCCAUUUAUUCAGCAUCUUUCACUGAGAAAGAUCACUAGUUGCUAUACAACCUGGUGCCUAAGCAGGUCAUUUCACACACAGUCAAAAUGCAGUCAGGGUGGAUUGCAACACAACAUCAUUUUAACCUCACCCAGCAACACUACACAACAGAUUAGGGGAAGAAGCAAGGAAGAAUGCCAUACUGAAGUGAAGUUGUAGUUAAAUAGUCAGAAUAUGACAUUGUAGUCAAAUGUCAGCUCAGGUAAUUGGGUUAACAAAAAACACCAUGUGCUCUUUAAUGACACGUGUUGAUAACCUCAGUAAUGCAUUUCUUCUGAUAGAUGGAGUUUUGGCAGUAUCAAUCCUUUACGUUUUCGGGGCAUAUGUGUUCAGAAUGUCAGAGAUAACUGAAACCACCUUUUAUGGACUUUGUUUGAAUGGACAGAGCAUGUCUCACAGGAAACAUAGCUAAUGUACAUUAUGAAUUGUAAUACAAUAUACCUUUUAUUAAAGCUGUGUGAAAUCUUAGAAAAUCCUAGCUGCUAAUCAAACUUUAAUUAAAAUGAAAGUUUAAGGGAGAACUAAUUAAAGUUUCUUACUGUAAUUUCAGAAAUACUUCGUUUCUACUCUGGUGCUGCAUAAAGAGAAUUCAGGAAGAAUUUUAAUCUUUUAUGCUAAUACAUAUGUAUAUGUAUUCAGAGAUUCUUUGAUGGGUGAGCAACAGAGAAGGGGGGAUGAGAAGGCAGAUUUAGUAAGUGUGUGAGUAAUUCCAUUUUUGGUCAGUACUACAUUGUGAAAAAGCCAGCAUCUGAUAUUGUAUCCGGUCACCUUUAUCUAUCUGUGAACUAUGUUGGUAAUCUUCAGAGCAUAACUCAUACAAAACAUAGUAGAUUGCGAUUGUUCUCAUCUUUAGUAAGGCGCUAUGACCACAGAGACUAUAGGCUCCAGUUUGCAAUGAACCCUCUAGACAUGUAAUACACAGAGUCAUGUGGCCUUGUUACAGGAGACAGUAGAACUAUGUGGGCUGCAUUUGGUUGUCAUUUCACACUUUUACUAUCAAGAGGCUGGAUCUAGAAGCUGUAGGCAAAAAUUAGAAACAAUAAUUUUAGUAUUGGGAGUCUGGUGGGGAGGGUCUAAAAGUCCCUGUUGGUCAAGAGUUGCACUUAAUUAUGGUCUCCUUAUUGAUUUCUGUCAAGAAAGAGACCAGGAUUAAGAGCAGUGUAGUAGAAAUCAGGUACGUCUUAAAAUCCAAUAUGAUAGUAUUCUAAUAGGGGAAUUUCCCAAGCCAACCCAACAUGCCAGUAAAAUGCAGUGUUUGGGACCAAUACUAGAGAAUACUGUAUUUCUUUGAAGACAAAGCCAGGCAAGAGGUGGUAGCGACGUGGGUUGACUGCCCUCUUAGUCAAAUAGAAAGUGUACUAAAAUGUUGAUGAAGAGCAGGUGAGAGAGACAUACCGGGAAUGAAGCAGAAUCUCCAGAACAAAAAGUUAGAUAAUUCCAUGCCAACACUUGGGCGCCUUAAGAACUCCAUAUUAGUUAAAAAGGUAUAAAAAUGUAGUAAAUGCAGCAACUUACAACCAUGAUUGUGGUGCAAUCGCAGUCCAUUCCACGAGUUGCAGGCCAGGACAGGUCUUAUAAAGCACCUGGACCUUAUUCUCCCAUCAUUUAAUCCACUGCAGAUCAGCAGUAUCUUCCUUGAAAUCAACAGUUUUAUGGAAGUGUCCUUGGAGAAUCCACUCCCUUUCAGAUUAUACUAGUCACCAUAGAACAUCCUGGGACUGGAGGGUAACCAAUGUCACUGUGUCCAUUGGUUACCCUCCAAUCGCUAAACCUCUGGGUUUAAUAGGCUUUGUCUACACUACAAAGUUUUGUCAUCAAAACCCACCUUUUGGUGACAAAAUAGUAAGAGCGUACACUCUGCAAUGGGGCUUUUGUAUUGUGAAAGGUUAGCAAGUGGUUCCGCAGAAUUUACUUGGGUCCAGUAGCUAAACCAUUUCUUUAAGCCAAGCCCAGUACCCUAUGCCAUGUGUCCUAAGGUAGACUAAGAAGUGGAUUGAUUACAAGCAGCUGGUAUUAUUGAGCCUUUCCUGCUCCUUUUGUUCCAGGAGUGAAAUCAGAUACUGGAAUAGGAUCACCAAGGUCAACUGUGUGGCCAAGAUAGCUAUGUAUCUGCUCCCUAGAAUAGAAGACAUAUACAUCACCUAUCUGUGUGGAAAAACUUUCAUAAAAAUCAAUUUAAAUAGCAUGUACCUCUAGGCAACAGCUCUAAAUCCCAUGUAAUGAUCAAUACUCCUAAAGCGUUGUUUCAUUAUAACUAUCUCCAUUUCUAGUGUCAGCAGCACUGAGUAUUUUUCAAAGGGCAAUGGACAGGCAAUUUAUUUCAAGCCAUGACAUAUCUGUGUAUACCUUGAUGAUAUCUUUAUUCCAGGAGAUAUGAGUCAGAACACUUACAAAACUGGUACUGAAAAAAUUGGCUGACACUGAUACUUGUCUUCUUGUAAAUGUAUUUUUAGGCUACUGAAAUCAUUUACCUGGGUCACCAAGUUUCUGCAACUAGCUUAUAUUAAGUAGAGGAGAAAGUAUGGGUUAUUACUGAAGCAACAUUGACAAAGUCUGUGUGUCUGCUGAAAUCCUUUCUAAGCCUACUAAACUAAUCUGGUGAAUUUUUAUCUAGCCUGGUAUGGGUAUUGACUCUAUUAUAUAAACUGCUACAGAAAAGGAUACAAUUCCUCUGCAAUCAAAAACAAAAAAUCGCUUUUUCAGAAGCAAAGCAAUUGUGAAAGUUAUCAAAUCUUUUAGUUCAGGAUGAUAGCCAGAAAAUGGGAGCUAAGCACAAAGGUCACUAUCAGAAAAAAAAUUAUUCUCAAUUAGAACAAAAAGUUCUAGCCAUGAUUUUUGGGGAAAGGAAAUUCCACACUUACCUAUCUGUGAGGCAGUUUGUUACACAUUCAGACAAUAAACUGCUGAAAGGUCUGUUUGGUGAGAGCACAACUUGUACCUCCUAUGUCAGAAUUAAUUCAAAUAUGGCUCUCUUCUUAGGAACGCACAACUACGAGUUUGAUUAUAAACCUGGAAAAGCAUUGGAUAAUGUAAAUGCUCUGUGUAGACUUCAUUUUCUGGAUACUUCACCCAAAGCAUCCCUGCCUACAGAAACCAUCUUCCUUAUUGAACUACUGUCCACUUCUCUGAUGAAUGCAGUAUAGCUAAAAAGAGAGAGACCUAUUAUGGUCUUGAGUGCAGAGAACAGUUACAAACGGCUGGACAAUCUCAUUAUUUCCAGAAAGAAUCUUUUUGUCCAGGAUGAGUGCUUGUUAUUAGGGUCCUGCAUGAUUGUACCGCUAGGAUGUAGACUCCUGGUGCUAAAAUCACUACAUGAAGGGCACCCUGGCAUUUUACCCAUGAAGAGGCUUGUGCACAGUUAUAUGUGGGGACUGGGAAAGCAUCAGGAUAUCGAAUGGGUAGUUUGUCACACUAGCUUCCAUUCUCCACUGAUAGUUCCUUUGUAUCCAUGGGCGGGGUCUCAGUGACGCUAGAUGAGGAUUCAUGUAGAUUCUGUUCUUCCAUUGAUGGAAAAAGUUUGUUUUGAAUAAUCACUGAUGCUCAUUAAAAAUGAAGUGAGGCAUGUGAAAUGCCCUUUCUACACCUGAGGAUACAGAUGGUACUCUUGGACUUACCUUUUCCAGUUUUGAUGUGCCUGAGACAGUGGUAAGUAACCACAGUCCCCAGUUCACUGGUGCUGUGUUUUAGGAACUUUGAAAAAAUCAGUAUCAAACACAUUAGAACUGUAUCAAGCCAUCUUUCUCCAAAUGGUCCAGUGGAAUGAGCUGCGCUAAACAGAAAAGAGGAGAUGAAGAAGAUGGCAUAUGGUAGCACAAAAGCCAAGUUGGCCAAGGUUCCUUGCCAGUAUCACAUGACACCAUGAGCCACAACAGGCAAACCCACCUGCAGAACUCUCAAUGGGAAGGAAACAAAAAACUCAUUGGGACUUGCUAUAUAUCAGAGAAGCUGCUCUAGUGAAGGAAGGGCAGGCAGCACAAAAGUUAUAUUAUGAUGUAAAAGCAUCAACAAGAACAUGCAGUGUAUGUAACAUGCCUAUUGUUCUUAAUUUUUGUAGUGGCCCUUGCUGAUUAGCAGGUUGCAUCAUAGCACAUGUGGGAUCACUUUUUUCACUCACUCAGUUACCAGUUGUAAGGCCAAUUCGUAGGUAUUACAAACAGAUUCAUGUGCAGUACAGGUAGAGGUUUCUUAUUCAUGUGCUGAGCUACAAAAGUUUAUGGAGUCAUUAAACUAUCUAGCUGCUACAACCAGCAAUAAUGAGAUUGGUGAGGAUUCCAUACUAACGGCUAUACUGGACUAGGAAGUUAAGCCUGCAGAGAUGAUUGUGUUAGCAGAUAACCCUUGUGCACCUGCUAUGGAUGCAGGACAUAAGUCUGUUCACUACACCAUUCCAGAAGAGCUCCCAAACCUAGAGACAGGCUAAACUAGUAGUAGUAAAGCAGAAUAAUCCCAUGUAAUUGUUUGAGGACUAGGAUACUCUGUCUCAGCUACUUACAUAGGAUGUUGUGUUGUUAAAAUGUAAGUUUAUUAAUCUAAAGGGGGGUGUACUAUUGAAGGGAUUUUUGUUAUGCUUAUAGCCACCUGGUGGCAAGUGGGAGAAUAGCUAUUAAAUGUUAGAUGCACUAAGACUGUACUGAGCAUGGGAGGGGAGGAGGCAAUGGAUGUGUGAGAAAAAUGUAUCAAGUUAGAGAAGGGGUGUGCAAUACUUUUUGAUGGGGGGGAGACAUGCCAAGAAUUUUGUAGGUGGUCAAGGGCUUCACAUUUCUAUGAUAUUCAGUGAGGCUGACAGACUUGCUGGGGCCCUAGGCAAGGGGGAGGGCAUCUCUAUGCCCCUUAAAGGGCUGGGGCCUUGGGCAGACGGGAUUGGGACUAGCAGCCCUCAGUGCUGCCCGGGGCAUGCCAUUCAGAGCGCCAGGGGCAAUUUAAAGGGCCCAGGGCUCCCGCCACCACUGCUGCUGCAAUUGCCCCUGUCAAUGAGCCUGAUACUAAUGGUGGGGUCUGGGUCAGCGGUUGUGUGUAGAAAGGAGCUUACGCUAGUGGACUGAGGUUUGGGAAAGGGGGCGGGAUCUGGGAGGGGGUUUGAGUGAAGGAGGGUGUUGGGACCUGGGGCCGAGUAUUGUGGGUACAGGAAGUUGCAUGGGGGUCUGGGAGGAAGUUGUGACGGGGUGCAGGAGGUGAGUGCAGAGGCUUUAGGUUGUGACCUGGGGCAGAAGGGGGUUGUGACUAUUGUGUGUCUGCAUGGCGUGUGCCAUGGGGAGGCGGGAGACUUCUGCACCCUCUCCUGUCCAUGCCCCAGCAUAAUCCUUGCAGCUCUCAUUAGCCAGAAACUGGCCAGUGGGAGCUGCGUGGGCUGUGCGUGCAGGCAUAGGCAGCUUGCAAAGCCUCCAUCCCCAUUGCACCUGCUGUGCAACGACACACCUGCCCGCACUAGCAGCUAGCUGCUUAGAGUGCUGUGUGAGGCUGUAGCAGGCAGAGCGCCUGCCCGAGGGUCCCAUUGGGCUGUAGGACAUUGGUAGCCCAGAGGAUUUUGGGGGGCUGGAUCUGAAUGUUUGCAUGGCCAUAUCUGCCCCACAGGCCAUAUUUUGCCCGCAGCUGAGUGAGAAGCUAAUUAAUUGUCCAUGUGACUCUCUUAUCAAAAUCUCUUUUUACUUCUAUUCUAUUUUGGGGGUCUAAGCACUGCAGGAAAAUGGCCAGUCUGUGGCUGGGUCUGAAAUAAUUAACCAGUAUUAAGAUUGUUUGUUGGAAUAGCACCACAACUGAUUCUAGGGUAACAUAAGCUAUGACACAUGCCUAGUGUAUAGAUUGAGAUGUUACAUGUUUGGCUUAGAACAGGGUAACUUGAGUAUUUCAGGGCAUAUUUAGAGGCGGUGCAGUUAUUCAUGUUGCAGGCAUACGGCUUUCUGACUGUGUUAAAGUCAUUCAGACUGGAUUUGAGUUUGGCAUGACUAUGAAGGCCUUGGCUACUUUCAGUCUCAAUCUUUAGCAAAUUAAAUAAGCCAUGGAUGCUGGCUCAGAAGCUAGUCCAGGGUUAUUGUCAGUUUGGAGAAAGAACUAAACUUUCUACCAAACUCCAAUGCUGUUGCUGUACCAUUCCUCCUGGUUCACGACUAACCUGUCUUCUGUCGUAGGAGUUGCUGCCAGCCCACGUGGUCUCCUUCACAUUCCUAUAAAAUGGGGGGAAAGACCAGAUCUUGGACUAGAUGCCAGAUGAUUAGAUUUAAAACACAAAACAAAACUUUUGAAAUUGAUGAGGGCAGGUGAAUGACUGAUAGGAUAAAUUUUACUCAUCUUCCUCCCUGGCACUGAUCUACUGCUGGAUUGGCAGGAUCUCCAUCUUUGUUUUUAGAUUCUGUCUGUAAAAGUGGUGUCUUGUAAGAAAAAGUGGUACCCUUUCCUGCUCUUGAUGCUUGACCUUUGAAAUGGAGCAAAUGUGACUUCAAGAAAGGAUUUCAUGGGCUAACAUCCUUGAAGACUAUUUUCAUCUUCAUUGGGUCUGAAAGCGUUUGAGAUAACUGCAUGGCUUUAAAGCUAGAGCUGGGGGCCUGACUUUGAUUAGGGAUUUGUAUUAGAAGCAGCACUUCACUCUCAGUUGGAUGUGUUUGAGGUCUAAGAUGUGAAAUUUGGAUCUGGACCCAAAUAUCCCCAAAGUAUAUUAGUUUCAAAUACAAUGGUUGACACAUCUCUGUUUCAAAAUAAUGUAAUUAUCUCUUUUGUUGGUAUUUGUAGCCUCUGUUUGCCAGAAGCAAGGAAUGGGGGAACAAGGGAUGGAUCAUUUGAUGAUGACCUGUUCUAUUCAUUCCCUCUGGAACACCUGACACUGGCCGCUGUCAGAAGACAGGAUACUGGGCUAGAUGGACCUUUGAUCUGAUCCAAUACAGAUGUUCUUAUGUUCUUGAUUAGUAUGGAAACAUUAAAAGAUAGUUCCCUCGGGGAGUAGACAGGUUUAGAGUCAUUUUAGACCAACGCUGAUCACCCCUUUGAGUUUACAGUGUGAGAAUUGUAUUUAAACUAACCUCUGCAGGUUUCUGUUAAGCAAACUGAUGAAGGAACAAGAUGUCUGUUUUACUUCAAUAUAUGUCAAUUAAAUGCUUAAAUAUUAAGCAUAUUUUGCUAUUGAGAUAGAUGUUUGUGCAUUUGUGAUGGGAGAGAAUGAAAUGUAAAUAAUAAUAUAUACCGAGAUUUGCAUAUAUGAGACUGAUCUAUUAUAAAUAUGGAUAUUAAUGAGGGCAUGCAUUUGGUAUACAAGAGCUAUUGUACUGAAUUUGUCUCACACUUGAAAUAUUUUCCUGAAAAAUAGAACAUUCUGAUGUGGCUAUCUAUACGCUUUUGUGCAACAAGGUCAGAUUUUAAUGAAUGUUUUAUUUCCUACCUAAUGGUAUUACGCAAAUAAACAAAUAUACAUAUUUUUGUACAGACAUAUAAGCUAUUCCCCAAUGAUUGCUGCACGAGUGUCUUGAAAUACAUGUUGCUUAUGCAGUCUAUAAUGCAAUGGGAAUGUUGAUUCAGAGUCUUGAUGUUAUUUGUUACAAUGAGGUACUGUAUAGUAUAAAAUGCAGUCUAUGGUUCCAGUAGCUAAACUGCAACUUUCCUGUUUUCUAAUGUACAGACUAUUCUGUUUGUAUUCAAAGGUGAGAUAUAACACAUUGAAUUUUAUUUCAUGCCCUUUUUAUUUAUUUCUUCUAUCUUAAUUGAACAGCCUGAGAUUUUAUAUUUUUGACACAGUUUUAGAAGUGACACUAAUACUUGUAGAUAUUUUCAGGUAAAGCAGCUCAAUUUUUUAAGGCUUAGCUAUGCUGUGGUGGACCAUAGUAGUGAGUGAGAGGGGUUUUUCUUAAAUUAUUUGAAGCGAAACCCCACAAUGGAAGCUUUGUGCAUUUCAGGAGGCAUCAUGUGUGAUGGCAUUGUCCAGCCUGCUGAGGCCUUAGACUGGCAAAGCAUUAAACAUGUGCUUGAAUAUAAGCAUGCAAGCAAUCCAUUGAUUUACCUAGUUUAAGUAUCCUGAUUUGUUUUUGAUUUUUUUUGUAUUGAAAGGCUUGUGUUAUUUUCCUUCCCCUCUCCAACCUGUGUCCAAUAAAUAAAAUCUGCCCUAUGUGAAACCAGUGACAAAUGUAUUUUAUCUAAGCUUUCCAACUCUGAUUAAACUAUCCAUAAAGCAGACAAUGAUUCAGAUCACAUUCUUGUGCCACAGUUUAUUUGCUUCAUGGGUGAGUUUGCUUCAUGUUCCCUCCCCUCCCCCCCCAAGCACUGCAACUGGUACUCCUUGGGGAACUUUGUGCCAAAAACCAUUCUGUGCAUGAUGUUUUAAUGUUAUGCACUUGUUACUUGUCACAAUAACACAGUGUAUAAUCAUGAGAGUUUCAGUUAUUCUGGUAUUUCACAAUACCUGUCCUCAAGUCUGUCUGCAACAGAGACACAACAAAAAAAAGAUUCAGAAAAUGUUUUAGGACAAAUAGAUUUAUUUCUAGGCACAUUUAUACUGAAUUUUACAUAAUUCAUUUUAACUACAACACAAACUUAUUUCCUACACCCCUCAGAAGCAGUGAACAGGCUUGAGAGAGUCAGGGUAUCUCAUCCAUAGGAUGGCAGUCCCAGGGGUGGUGGCUGCACCGAUCAUCCUGCAGCUGGGAUGGUCUCCCAUAUUGAUAUUAGCCCAGGGAAUUAUCUGGGGGGGCCUGGCGCAGGGGGCAGAGUUACUUUGCAAGUAGAAUGUAGCCAUGUGGGGCCAGGGUGCUCCACUUCCUGUUGCCAGGGUGCAGCAGAGCAACCCAGUUACGAGAUAGGUGGGAUAACAGAGCAGGGGGCUAGGUUGCUCCACUUGCUGCAGCUCUUACCCCCUUAGUGCAUGCAGGAGGUCAGGCCCCCCAGUUGUCCCCUGGACAGUAUCUCUUGGGGGAAGGGGCGCAAUGGGGACAGGAGAAGGUUGAGAUGGGGUGGGGGCAGAGGGAACUGGCCUGAUGGAGGAGCAGAGGGACUGGAAGGAGCCUGGGAGUGAAUCGGUUUGUUUUUUGGAGGUGUAGGGACGGAGUUUUUUAGGGAGUUGGGUAGCCUCCUCAAUGCAGGUUGCAGCUAAUCCUAGCCUUUCCCAAUCAGUCAGGUACAUCUAC